GGAGCGCGGGCGGCGGUGGAAGUUGUUCGCGCAGUUAUAAUUAGCCCGGCCGGGGUCCGAGCGAGCCGGGCGCAGGGAGGAAGGGGGAGGAGUGUAACUUUUCGCAGCUCGGGAAGCCCAAGGUUGUCUCUGGUUACCGCUGCCCGCGGCCGCGGCGGGGGCGGGACGGCCGCAGGAAGCACCGACGCUCCUUCCACAAAGGCCAAAUGGUGGCAGAGCCGCGGGAGGGCGGCAGGAAAGGGCUCCCCCCGAAUCCCGGGCGCUCCAUCCUGGCUCUCCUGAUCGCUGCCGCUCCGUACUUGCGACUCAUGGAUAAGCUGCAUUUUUAAUAGCAGGUUUUGCUGGGUUUAAUAAACGUGUGUUAGUCUGGGCUACGAGCAGGUGGAUGGGACUGGAGGAGAGUAAGAUUGGUCGCUGUGCAUAUUGCAGAUUGAGCUCGCGAAUAGGUGCAGUUAAUAAUUUCUGCCCUAGUUAGGCCUGGAAUUUUUCGAACUGUGUUGGAAUGCUCGUUUCUAAAAGCAUAGGUGGGAGCCUUAUGCAGUAGUUUUCCACUUUAUUUUUGAUGUGGCUAAAAUUCCAUAGUUCGGGCAGUUAACUGUAAUGUGGGAAAUUCCAUUAACACUUAAAUGAUGCUGUAAUUCCAAAUUCUAAAGUGACCCCUAAACACGUACUAGAAAGGGAAGACAGAAAGUAAUCUCUAAUUCAUAAUGAUUUGCAGCUACUCUGUCUUCUAUAGUUGUUUUUUUUUUUCCUAACAGAUUGUAAAAAUUACACCUAAUAACCUUACAUUUUGUACUUCUUCCUGACACUUAACCCAGUGUGCCUAGAAAUCAUACAGGGCAAAAGUCAAAACCUCCACAAUUACUUCUGCAGGAAUCCUUUGAAGUAUCUAAUAAAGAAAUUAAAUUUGAAAACUUCUUGACUUCAUCUCCUUCUAGCAAAAUAUUGGACUUCUAAACCACAAGUAACAGUUCUAUUUUUUUUAUCCAGUGCUUCUAAUUCUGUUGGGUUUGGGGUUUUUUACCUAAGGUGCUGAAAUCUAAAACUUUUCAAGAUUUUGUCUUGCUUGUUAGCGUUGUGAAGUUGUUUUAGCAUUAAAGAAUCCUAAAACUCUAAAACAUGUGUUUUUAUAUUUAGUGUAUAGAAAAUGCAGUGACUGCACACAUCUCCCUGUGACCUAACAAGUACACUUAAAUGAACGUCAAUAGUGACCACCUGAAGUCCUGCUGUUUCAGAGCAAAUAGUUCCGAGGUUCUGUAAGCGGAGGAGCCCUUUGCUAGCAUCAGGCUAUGAGUUGCUAUGUAAGAUGAACUGUAGGCGUUUACUUGCCCGUCUGUCUGAAUUUGCCUCAUCCUACCUCGGUGGAUGGCUUGGCCUCUGGGAUAGCUCAAGGCUCUUGGAUGACCACGCUUUAUGCAAAAUCCAGAAUCUUCCUGCCUGGACUCCUCUCUGUUUUCUAAGGGUUCAUGUUGGGGAGAGGCCUAAAGCGCAAGCUGAGUGACUAUGAGGAGAGCAUGGCUGGUCUCUCGAGUGCCUUUGACUCCAGUCGAGGUCUGUCCUACCCCCUCAAGAGGCAGCUGGUGCUCAACAUGUGCCUCACCAAGCUGCAGACGUACAAAAUGCUGGUGGAGCCCAACCUGCACCGCUCCGUGCUCAUCGCCAACACCGUGCGCCAGAUCCAGGAGGAGAUGAGGCAGGAGAGCAGCCAGCAGCCAGUGAGCAUCUGCCCUGGCAUUGCUCCUGCUGCUCACAGCUACCCAGGGAUGGAGGCCCCUGGCAUCUCCCUGCAGCUGCCUGCAGGUGUUGGUCAGCAGGAGUCCCACUGCUGUGAGCUGCGCUCCGCGGAGGACCCCAUUGAGAGCAGCCUGCUGAUCGUGUCAGAUGAUGACAUGUCAUCUGCUAUUUCAUCUAUUCUGAAGGAUUUAGACUUUGUAGAAGAUAUCAGCCCACCUACUUGUCUGGUUCCUACUGGAGAUGACCAGCCAAAGUUUCCAGAAAAUACUGGUCUGAAACUAGAAGAUGACAGACAGGAUUUGAAGGGAGCUGAAUGUGUGUUUGGUUCCUUUGAGAUUUCAAAUUCAACCAGUUACUUGAAGGAUUUGGCAAUAGAUGACAUUUUUGAAGAUAUUGACACUUCAAUGUAUGAUUCAGACUUUUGUUGCCCUCCCCUGAUGCCGCCCAGAUCACCAUCUCUUGCUACAGAAGAACCAUUGAAAACCUUCCCAUCUUGUAAUUCUUCUUCAGCAAACAACAUUCAGAUAUGCAGAACAGAUCUGAGUGAGUUGGACCACAUCAUGGAAAUUCUCGUUGGAUCCUGAUACUUGUUUUACCCAAAGAUACUUUUAGACUGCCACUCGCAUUUGGUUUCAGGAUAAAAGCCACUGGAAUAGUUGUAAAGAAUUCUUUUAAAAGCAAACUAAAUAAUAAUUUGUCCAUAGUAGAAUUUUCUAAAUAAUUCCAAAACUCAUAAACCAAAAAAGUGGCAGAUUUUAAAAAAGAAAAAAAUUAUUUAUCAGAACUGUGCAAUCAUCAUUUUCCUUCCAGGGUGUAUGUGGAACAAUGGGCACAUACCCUCAUCACCUCUCAUGCCUCUUUCAAUAAACUUUUUUAUGUGCAAUUUUUAAUUUGACAGAAGAAUUUACAUGCAAAGCAAAUUUCAUAUGAGGUGAUCUUUUACAAAGCCUCCACUUUAUUUUUAAUAUCAGAGUCUAUGCCAAGCUGGCAUCUGUCAAGUUGCAGAGUUAGAUUGUGUGGAUUGCAGACACGUUCUUAGAGAUGGGUAUAUUUUAAAAAUGAGACACGCUUUGCUUUCUUUUGGUCAGAAAAGCAGAUCAAGACACUUACCAACAAAGUCUCUUGCAUUUUCUAAAGCAUUCAGAACUAUUUAUUUUUGUAAAUUUUAUAGUCUUUCUACAUUUUACUACGUUAUUUCAUCAUAGUUCAAAUAUAAUGGACUUCUAGUUGGAUGUGUUUAGCACUACCUCUGAGCUGAAAUGCUUUAACUCUUUCCAGUGCUUCAUCUGAGACUGCAAAUCUUUUUGUUUCUGUUUCUUUCUGGGGGAAAGUACUUCUAACUCAUUAAGUUGAUCCUUUGACAGUGACCUAGCUGAUUUGUGAAAUCAAGGGUAUUCAAUGUUUAAAAACUUUUAAGUAUUUACAAAUUAAUUUAUAUAUAGAUUGUGCAAUUUAACAUUUUUCUGUCAGUAUUAUGUGCUUAGAUUUUGAAUAAUCUUGGCGUUCUUUAAAUUAAAAUUUACUAUGUACAGGUAGCUUUUUAUUCUCUUUUGGAAAACACUGUCCUUCAACCCUGCUUUCACUACAGAUUUUAAGAUGAUUUUUUUUUUAUGUGCAAUAUUAUUUAAAGAGAUACACAUUUUUAUACCUGGCAUCGGUGGGAAGAAACGCUUCAAACUUAAAACCUCUAGCACCUUUGGAGGAUACUCACUCAGCCAACAUUUCUGCAUCCUUUGAGAAGCCAAGCUGAGAGCACUGAGAACACAUCACCCUGUGCUGGGACAGCCCUGGCCUUUAUCUGGUUUUCCAUCAGGCAGGUUGGGUUCUGUGUUUCAGCCUGGACCGAGGUCUAGAUCGAUCCCUGCUAUCGUCUUCUGAGUUUCACACUUGCACAUUGCUUUUCGGUUUGGAUUUUGUUUUUAUUUUUUCCUUCUUUUUUUUUUUUUUUUAAUUAUAAAACUUUUACUUUGUUCUUGAGAGCUGCAGCACCUAUCUUGGAAACUUGCAGUUGUAAAACCUUAUCUAUGGUUUGUUGUAUUUUUUGGGGUUUUGUUGUUCUGCUGAGACUUUUUAUGAGCGGAGUGUCGGCAGAGGGAAAAAAAUGUUGCCUGUGUGUUGCAUCUCACAGAAGUUGAAAUCCUGGCCCUGUUGAAGGGGCCAGGGUGUCACCUGGUAUUUCUAGUCUUAACUGAUGCUGUGGCACACCUGCCUUGUGCAGAGAUCUCCAUGUUUUACUGUGACUCUCUUGGUUAACAGUUAGCUGCCGACAGAAUUUGGUAUCCCAGGCCAAUGGAGAACCAUUUCAGGUCACAUCCUCGCAGCCAUCUGGGUUGUUCAGCAACUGAAGGGUAUAAAUGUAUUUAUAUGCAUAUAUUGUAUUGAUUCUAAUAUAAAACUUCUGAUCUAAAGCAUUUUGAAUUGCUGGGUAAAGGGAUUUGUUUGAAGAGUGUAUAACUAGUUCUUGAAGAGGUACAGCUUCAGAAUGUACACAGAUUGUGCAUUGUGUAUAGACUACUCUGGCUUUUCCUCAGCCUCUACUUUUGUAUUAAAAAUAUGACUGAAUAAAUCCUUGAAAUAUUAAGGGCCUUCUGCACUGUGAUGAAACAGAGAUGCGGUUAAAAAUGUCUUUAAAUUCAGUGGUGAGGGAUAAAAUAAAAAGACUGCAUCUAAUCUCUUUUUGCAUUCGAAAAUAUGGAAUGUUACUAUGCAGUAAAGAUAUUUUGGUAUGAAAAUUGUAUCAUAUAGCAAAUAGUGAACACUUAAUAAAUCCACUUAACCUUGCAGACUCUACAGAAACGGAAGAGAAGACAACUUGCUUUUCAACAUUUAUGUACUAAAGUUUUUUGUAUACUGCAGCAAAAGAUUUAAUUGUUGGUAGAUCUUUUAUCAACAAUUCAAAAUGCAAUUUUUGUACAAGUCCUGGCUACAGAGCUCUGUUUCUAAUUGGUUGCUUGUGUCACAGUGCCAAGACCAUGAGCUGGUGUGUAAUGCAGUUCGGUUAUGUUUGGAAUUAUGUGCAAAGGGAAGUUUAAUUUUUAAAUAUGCACAAAUUAAUUUUAAAAUCCUUCCAUGUAAAAUGAAGUUAGAGGCUAGUUGUGGUGGACCUAUUUAUUGUAUGUUUGGAAAUAAAAGCCACAGUUUUGCAUUUAAACCAGUUA